CUCGAUUCACAUAAUAACAAAAAAAAAACUUAUAAAAAUAAAUACUCACACGAACCAGAUCUAAAUUUCAUAACAUUCAGUCAUUCACUCUAUCAAUAACACAAGCAUUGACAACAAAAAAAGGGUCAAAUAAUACUGAGCCCAUAAGAUAGGUGAACCCGGCCCAUUAAAAACAACCGACCCGAAUGGUUCCGGUAAAUGAAACAAGUGUGUACGGUGUACCUGAGAGUGAGCUGUGUAUAUAAUGCUUGUCUCUGUCACUCCCACUUCUCUCCCUAACUCUUAACAUAGUUCUUUGCCGGCAAAUGCUCCAAAGAUUCUUCUUUUUUCUCCUAUCAACAAGUCCAACACACAAACUUAAUGGCUUCCGCUUGCGUUAAAAGUGCCGGUGUUUCGCCGGAGAAGUUCUCGUCGUACGGAUGGACGAGCCCUCGGAUGUCUUUAACCAGAGACGACAACAGACGCUCUUCCUCCGUUGACAAGCAACAAUCUGACCCAUUACCGGAAAUCCAAGAUCCAGUUGUGGAUUUCGAGUUUUGCCUUGAGGAUCCGGUCACAAUGCUCUCUGCCGAUGAGCUCUUCUCCGACGGAAAGCUCGUACCUUUGAAGUUCUCUGGCCCUAAGACGACGACGACGACGACGUCAACGACAGUCAACACAACUACCACCGAACCAAGAGGAUCACCAGAGGUUCUGAAAUCAUGCCGGAGACUUGAGAUGGAGAUCUCUGACCUCUUCUCUCCUAAAGCUCCUCGUUGUACGACUCGAUGGAGAGAGCUUUUAGGUCUCAAGAGACUCGUCAACGCCAAGGAACAAGAAGAAUCUAUUAAAGCUUCUUCUUCUUCUUCAUCCACAAACCCCAAAACGUCAUCGUUUAAGCAAUUUCUUCACCGGGGAUCUAAAUCUUCUACCGCCGCAUCGUCGCCGUUGCAAAAAGAAUCAGAUAUCUCCGAAUCAAUCUCAGUCGCAUCUUCACGUCUCUCACUCUCUUCAUCGUCUUCCUCUAGCCACGAGAUCGAUGAUCUUCCAAGACUCUCGCUUGACCUCGAUAAACCAAGUGCGAAUCCCUUUGCUCCGUCGCGGACUCAUUCACGAAACCUUAACCAACCAAGAAUCAGAUUAGCCAAACCAAGACGGAAUCAUCCACCGUCGACGCCUUCCGUUGACGGAUCAUCAUCAUCGUCGGCGUGUAUCGAAUCUCGGGGUCUCACCGUGACGGCGGAUAGUCCGAGACUCAACGCCUCCGGUAAAAUCGUGUUUCAUGGACUUGAAAGAAGCUCGAGUAGUCCCGGAAGCUUCACCGGUGGACCUAGAAUGAAGCAGCACCAUGGAAUGCCUAGAUCGUACUCUGCUAAUGUCAGAAUCACGCCGGUGCUUAAUGUUCCGGUUUGUUCUCUGAAAUCAGGGCUUUUCUUUGGCCAGCUUUUCUCAUCUUCGUCUUCAUCGUCUUCUUCUUCUCCGUCUCCGGGGAACAAAUCUCAGUUACAGAGCAACGGAAGCAAGAACCGGAUUAAUCGAACCAGGCUUGAACCGAAAUUCGAACAAUUAGAGAAGUAAACCGGUUUAGUCAGCAGGUUAACCGCUAUGAUUUUAGGGGGAAUCUUAACGCAUUUGUUUUUACUGGGUCGUUUUGUAAACUGAAGUUUUCUUUGGGGGCUGAAUAUGUAAAUACGGUUUAACAAUUUCAUUUCUCGGUUUAUUGCAUUAAUCACACAAAGUCUCUAACAUAUUUUCAUAACC